CUCGUACCCCUCUCGGAACAACCGAGUUUUGUGCGAGUAAGUAUUGACUUCACACAUGGCGCAACAUUUGUGGACACGAAAAUGGCGAACGAAGGUUCAGCACGUGGAAUAGUGGACGGUAAUUUUACCGAGUGUUUUAGUGAUUCUGGACAAUUUGAAGACGCAGAAGAAGAUGAAACUGAAAUUUCAGAUAUAUUUGCUCGUCUUCACGUGAAUUCUGAUGCUCUUUAUGCCCCCACUAAAAAAUCAAACACGGGAGAUGAAUCUACGAGCGAUGAUGUAGAAAAAUCCACUCCAGACGCUAUCGAAGAGGAUGAAUUUUCCCCUGAAGAAUACAGUGAUGAGGACUUCUUUGACUGGGAAGACGAAACUGGUGAUUUUACUAAGCGUCUUAAUGCAAGUCGGACCAACUCAAACGCAUCUAACCCAUCGAAUAAGCAGAAAACAUUUUUUCAACCACAUGAGAAAUCCAUUCAGAGAUUUGGUGGUCGCAUAAAUGUUGAUAAAUAUCAUGGACCCCCUCUUCCAAAUACAGCCAAAAAUGUUCUUAAGGAAGCAAAUAGAAAGAAAGAUAAUGAGAAAGUUAGAUCUAAAGACAAAGCCGACCGGGCUACUGUAGAGCAGGUUUUGGAUCCUAGAACAAGAAUGAUAAUAUUCAAGUUGUUGAACAAGGGGAUUAUAUCAGAAAUUAAUGGCUGUAUAAGCACUGGCAAGGAAGCAAAUGUUUAUCAUGCUACCAACAGCGAAAACCAGGGUCGAGCCGUGAAAGUUUACAAAACAUCUAUUGUAAUUUUUAAAGAUAGAGAUAAGUAUGUUACUGGAGAGUUUCGAUUCCGGCAUGGCUAUUGUAAGCACAACCCAAGGAAGAUGGUUAAAACAUGGGCAGAGAAAGAGAUGAGGAAUUUGAUUCGCUUGCACCAAGCAGGUAUUCCAUGUCCUGAGCCAAUCAUUUUGCGAAGUCACGUCUUGGUCAUGGAAUUUGUUGGGACAGAAGGUUGGCCUGCUCCACUCCUGAAGGAUGUCACAUUGUCAGAAUCAAAGGCAAGAGAGCUGUACCUUCAAUGCGUAAAGAUCUUGAGGGAUAUCUUCUGGAAAAGCCGGCUGGUGCAUGCUGACUUAAGCGAGUUUAACAUGCUUUAUCAUCAGGGAGGAGUAUAUGUGAUUGAUGUGUCUCAAUCUGUAGAGCAUGAUCACCCCCAUGCUUUAGAAUUCCUCAGGAAAGACUGCACAAACAUCACUGAUUUUUUCAAGAAGAAGGAAGUCUGUGUCAUGACUGUUCGGGAACUCUUUAACUUUGUAACAGACCCAACCAUCACAGAGAACAACAUUGAGAGCUAUUUGGAGCAGGCACAACAAAUGGCUACAAGCCGAGGGGAGGAUGAGGAAAACAGUGGGAAACAACAAGUUGAAGAAGAGGUCUUCAAGCAUGCCUAUAUCCCAAGAACACUGAAUGAAGUAGUGGACUUUGAAAAAGAUGUAGAGAAGAUCAAGGAAGGAAAGUCUGUGGAGAUAAUGUAUCAAGUAGUCACAGGACUGAAGUCAGACCUGAGUGGGGCUAAGGUUAUUCCAGAACUCUUGGAAGAGAGCCAAGGCAAUAAUUUGACAACUGAUAAGAAAAGAUGCUAUGACAACAGUGUGAUUGACAGCUCUGAACAGGAGAGUUCAAGUGAUGAGAGCAGUGAGGAUGAGAAUGCUGGAGAGGGAGAGCAGCAGUUGAGUAGGAAAGAACACAAGAAAUUAGUAAAGGAAGCAAAUCGUGAGAAAAGAAAGAAUAAAAUACCCAAACAUUUAAAAAAGAGAAAGGAAAAGGUGACCAAAAUGAAAAAAGGCAAUAAAUGAGUCCAAAUUGGUUAUUUUUUAGGUAAAGAAAAAAAAAAUAUUGUCUUGUGCCCUUUAUACCACCACUUCAAUAACUACAAAAACAAAAAUAAAUAAAAAAGUGAAGCUCUUGUUUUUGUCAGUUAUUUAUUUAUUAUUACCGUGAAUCAAAGUGUAAUAUUCAAAGGGUAAUAGUCAGUAAAACACAAAAGAGAACAAUAGAAUCAGAUCACAAUGAAGUGUAAUAAACCAAAUUGUAGUUCACAGGUUAAUAAAAAUCACUCUAUAGCAA